CGUCCGAUAAUUUGCUUUUUUCUCUACCUCUCAAGUCAUUCAUUCUACAGUCUUCCAUCCUUCUUAUCUUUCAUCAGGAAAAAUUCUUUCAAUUUCAAAUUCCUUCACUCUAAAAAUGGCUAGCCAAUCAAACACUAAAUCAUCAGUUCAUGAUUUCACAGUUAAAGAUGCCAGGGGAAAUGAUGUUAAUCUGGGAGAUUACAAAGGAAAAGUUCUUCUCAUUGUCAAUGUUGCCUCACAAUGUGGCUUGACUAAUUCAAACUACACAGAACUGAAUCAAGUAUAUGAUAAAUACAAAGGGAAAGGACUUGAAAUUCUGGCAUUUCCCUGCAAUCAGUUUGGGGCUCAGGAACCAGGAACUAAUGAAGAGAUAGUGGAAUUUGCUUGUACUCGCUUCAAAGCUGAGUUUUCCAUUUUUGACAAGGUGGAUGUGAAUGGUGACAAUGCUGCUCCACUGUACAAAUUUCUGAAAUCAAGCAAAGGUGGAGGAGUCCUUGGGGAUAGUAUCAAAUGGAACUUCUCUAAAUUUCUUGUUGACAAGGAUGGGAAUGUGGUUGACCGUUAUGCACCAACAACUUCUCCACUAAGCAUUGAGAAAGACAUAAAGAAGCUGUUGGAUGCAUGAUGUGGAGUUGCCACUAAAUGAAUAUCAUCAUGAAUAAGAAAAAUGUAUUGCCAUAUAAGUGGAAUUUCCACAGUAUUUCUACUUCUAUAUGUACCUCUGAGUUGCUGUUCAUCUUCAUAAAAUUGUGACUAACAACUAUCCAAUAAUUUGAUUGCUUUAA